AAAGCAAAUGAAGCUUGUGCGCUUGCGUACAAUUCUUGAAAGCGUCAGCUCUCAACUCCGCCAUCGAAACGUUUCGAGUAUUCUUCACACUCGUCAGCCACAGGAAACCUAAGACCGAAGUGGAGACGCCGAAUUUCAAACUCAAUGAACGCUCUGUUCCAUCGUGAUCUCGCCGUUCGAGAUCCGACGGUCUCUAUUGUUCCGAUGCUGGACCAGUGGGUCCAAGAAGGACGAAACGUAGACCAAUUACAGCUCCGAGACUUCAUCAAACGGUUGCGGUCCUUUAAACGAUACGUUCACGCUCUUCAGAUGUCUAUGUGGAUGACCGACAAAAGAUACCUUGUGCUUAAUGCGGGUGAUAUGGCCACUCGGCUGGAUUUGAUCCAUAAAGUUAAGGGGAUAGAGCAAGCAGAAAAUUAUUUUAAUAACAUUCCAAUUCAGUUAAGGGGCCCUGAGGUUUAUGCCUCUCUUCUCAACUGCUAUGUGAAUGAAAAAUCUUUGGAGAGAGCAGAGGCCACCAUGCAGAAAAUGAGGGAUUUGGGGUUGGCUAAAUAUCCUCUGGUUUACAAUACUUUUCUCAAGCUUUAUUAUCAAAAUGAAAAGUACGAGAAAUUGACAGUCUGCAAGUGGGUAUGUAAAGCUGGGCUUUUGGACAAGGCUUUGUCAAUGCUGAAGAAAUCUGAGGGAUUAAUAACGGAUGAGACAAGCGACUUUGGAACUCUACAGGAACACAAGAAGGUCUACAAUAGGGGCUAUAGAUGUGUCAUCCUUCUCUUUUUGAAAUUUGAUGACAUGGAAAGUGCAGAGAAGGUUCUGGAGGAGUGGGAAUCCCAAUGUAAACACUAUGAUAUUCGGAUUCCUAACCUCUUGAUUGAUGCUUACUGCAGAAAAGGGCUUUUGCAGAAAGCUGAAACUCUUAUAAACAGGGUUAAAUUGAAGGGGGGAAAGCCUGAUCCCUGCACUUGGUUGUAUAUUGUAACAGCAUAUCUGAGGGAUAAUCAAACUGAAAAAGCAGUGGACACUUUGAAGGAAGCAUCAGUUGUUCGUGGUGACCAGUGGAAGCCAAAUGAGGAAAGUUGGGCUGCCUCUCUGGAAUACUUAAAAGAGAGAGGAGAUUUGGAGGGAGCAGAGAAAAUUAUAAAAUUACUGAGGGACAAGGAUAUUAUCUCUGAGGAUGUCCAAAACAGUUUGUUGAACAAUGUUCGGGUUGGGAAAUCAAACUUGGACGCUAUCUGGAAACCGGUUGUAGAAAGAGCUCAAAGGUUUUGGUUUAACGCCUUCUAUUGAAUGCGAUUAUAUGA